AUGGCGAUGAACUGUCAAAACGAAUUACGAAUGUGUCGUAGAAACAGGUUAAUUGGCUAUUGUCAUUCAGAGGCCGAAUUAAGUAAUUCAACUUCUCCGUGUGAACCUGGUAUAAAAUACAUGUAUGGCUGCCACAUUGAAGUUCAUCCAGCUUCUGAAGAUGCUGUGGACUAUUAUGAUUACAAGGGAUGGUAUUCAACAGUUUUACUAGCUCUAGUAGACUAUAGAUAUCGAUUUCUCUACAUAAAUGUAGGAAGUCCAGGAAGAUGUAAUGACUCCCAAAUUUAUGAAAGAUCAUUACUUAAAAAACAUAUUUCAGAGAGUGACAUUUUGGAUCAGUAUUCCAAAGAUAUAUGUGGAACUAAAAUUCCAAUUUAUAUUAUUGGAGAUUCAGCUUUUAGAUUCUCUAAGAAUCUAAUGAAGCCAUACCCUUUUAAUGCCAAUAAUGAUUCUCGAAGAAAAAAAUUUAAUUACCUUCUUUCAAAACAUCGAAGAGUGGUAGAAAAUGCCUUUGGUCACUUAAAAGCUCGAUUCCGUCGAGUAGGAAAAGGAAUUGACAAUAAAAUACAAAAUGUCAACCUGAUCAUUAAAACAUGUUGUCUUCUCCAUAAUUUUUUAAAUGAAAAUAACGACAAUGUCAACAAUAAAUGGCUAAAAGACUUAGAACAAUAUGAUAAACUUCGUAAAAAUCUGCAAAAUCAAACGGUACUGGAUGAUACCAUAAACGAUGCAGAACAAAUACGUCAUGCACUCAGUUUAUAUGCACUACGAACAGUCUCAGAUGUUAAGGGUGAAUCAUUAUAAGAAGAUGAAGACAUCAAUGGUGGUGAAUAGUCAGAGCUAACACCUGAGGCGAAUUCUUCAGUUAAUAUUUCAAAAUUGGUGUACUCCUCAGAUUCCAUUCCUUCAAAACUUCUUGAGCUAUCUGAAAAUAUAAAUACAUAUAUAAACAUGGUAAUUCAUUAAUAAAUUAAUAAAUAUGACAGAAUAGAUUCAGCAAGC